GCCGCGCAGCGUGUGACGCCGCGGCCGCCGCGGCCGCCGCGGAUCUGGGGAUUAAUGGGAAAAGUUUUGGCAGGAGCCGGAGGAUCUUACGGAGCCUGCGGGACGGCGGCGGUGGCGCGGAGGGUAGCCAGCACAGCGUUGUGUGGUGUUUUGGGGUAUGCACGUGGUACUCACACAGUGGCUUCUGUUCACCGACAGAUGAGGACAGAUGCACCAAAGAGGCUGACAGGAACUGCCCUGUAGAGGUCCAUCUGUGUUCAGACCCAGAAGAUGCCAGAGCUAUGACCGGGCCUGCAGGCGUGGUGCCGAGGGGAAAUCAGCCAUGGAGCAGCCACCGGAGGAAGCCCCUGAGGUCCGGGAAGAGGAGGAGAAAAAGGAAAUGGCAAAGGCAGAAGGAGCCCCAGAGCUCAAUGGGGGACCAGGGCACUCACUUCCUUCCAGCAGCUAUACAGACCUCUCCCGGAGCUGCUCUCCACCCUCGCUGCUGGACCAGCUGCAGAUGGGCUGCGACGGGACCUCGUGUGGCAGCCUCAACAUGGAGUGCCGGGUGUGCGGGGACAAGGCAUCAGGCUUCCACUACGGUGUUCACGCGUGCGAGGGGUGCAAGGGCUUCUUCCGUCGAACAAUCCGCAUGAAGCUGGAAUACGAGAAGUGUGAGCGGAUCUGCAAGAUCCAGAAGAAGAACCGCAACAAGUGCCAGUACUGCCGCUUCCAGAAAUGCCUGGCACUGGGCAUGUCGCACAACGCCAUCCGCUUUGGCCGGAUGCCAGAGGCUGAGAAGAGGAAACUGGUGGCAGGGCUGACGGCAAACGAGGGGAGUCAGCACAACCCCCAGGUGGCUGACCUGAGGGCCUUCUCCAAGCACAUCUACAGUGCCUACCUGAAAAACUUCAACAUGACCAAAAAGAAGGCCCGUGGCAUCCUCACCGGCAAGGCCAGCCACACGGCGCCCUUUGUGAUCCACGACAUCGAGACAUUGUGGCAGGCAGAGAAGGGCCUGGUGUGGAAGCAGCUGGUGAACGGUCUGCCCCCCUACAAGGAGAUCAGCGUGCACGUCUUCUACCGCUGCCAGUGCACCACGGUGGAGACCGUGCGUGAGCUCACCGAGUUCGCCAAGAGCAUCCCCAGCUUCAGCGACCUCUUCCUCAACGACCAGGUGACCCUUCUCAAGUAUGGUGUGCACGAGGCCAUCUUUGCCAUGCUGGCCUCCAUCGUCAACAAGGAUGGGCUUCUGGUGGCCAACGGCACUGGUUUUGUCACCCGUGAGUUCCUGCGCAGCCUCCGAAAGCCCUUCAGUGACAUCAUCGAGCCCAAGUUUGAGUUUGCUGUCAAGUUCAAUGCGCUGGAACUUGACGACAGUGACCUGGCUCUCUUCAUCGCGGCUAUCAUUCUGUGCGGAGAUCGGCCAGGCCUCAUGAAUGUGUCACAGGUGGAGGCCAUCCAGGACACCAUCCUGCGCGCCCUCGAGUUCCACCUGCAGGCCAACCACCCUGACGCCCAGUACCUCUUCCCCAAGCUGCUGCAGAAGAUGGCUGACCUGCGGCAACUGGUCACCGAGCACGCCCAGAUGAUGCAGCGGAUCAAGAAGACGGAGACCGAGACCUCGCUGCACCCCCUGCUCCAGGAGAUCUACAAGGACAUGUACUGAGGGCUUCUCUGUCGACCAGCCGCUGAGCACUGGGCCUGGUGGCCGAGGGGGAUCACACACAGUCGGCCCGCCUCCCUCUCCCUUCUCCGGCUCCCUCCUUCUCAGCUCCUAUGUCUUCUCUCAUUUCUUUGCUCUUUUUCUUCCUUCCUCUCUCGCUCUCCCUUUCUCUCUCCCCAUCUCCGUGUCUGUCGCUCUUCCUCUUCCUGUGAGGCAGUUUGUGUUAUUUCACCAGCAGCGCAGAACAGCACCUCUGCUUCCCCCCGCCACGCCCCCCCACCCCCCCCCCCCAGCAGGAGGGGCCGGGCCUGCCCUCUGCACCAACAGUCCCCUUCUCCCGUCUUCAGUCUUCACAGCAAAGGACUCGAGCCAUCCAAAGAAACACUAAGCUCUCUGGGCCUGGCUUCCCAGGGAAGGUAAGCAGGGCCAGGGCUGAGUGCAGAGCAGCCCUUGGUCACCGGGUCCCUGGCGGAGGACGCCUCCCCCAGCAGGCAGGCCCGCCUGGGCUGCGGCGGCUUGGCUCCCGGCAGGCAGCGCACACCUUAGCCCCACUGACGCCCGUCGCCCUUCCCUUCUUCUUUCCACCGGUCUCACAGGCCAGUGUCACUGAUGGCCCCCACGCACUGGCCGCUGCGGGAAACCCGCCCAGCCUGGAUAGAGGUGGAGUUCCCUCCAGGUGGUGGUCCCUACACCCCCACUGACGAGGAGCGAGCUUAAAGAGAGGCGGAGGGAGGUAGGGGAGGUGGCAAGCCGGAGACUUGCUUCUGAGCCCAGGCCUGGGGCGGGUCCCCCAUCAGCACCCCACUCUGUCCCCCCUCUGCAGCAGCCACCGAGUCCUGCCUCCGGGUGUCGGCACCGCGCUCCCCCGUCUCCCGCAGCGCCAGGGCCUGGCCUCACACGCGCCCCUCCUUUCUCUGGCCUCCGGGAGACACUGGCAGUGGCUCCAGCCCAGCUGAAGCUCACGCCGCACACACACUCCCUCCAGCCCACACACCACAAGCACUGAAAUCACUUUACCUGCAGGUUCCACACCCCUCACCCUCCCCUCCCUGAGGCAGGCGAGUGCCCAGAGGGGCCUGCAGGUGGACGGGCAGAGCUGUGCCCCUGUUCCCGAGGCUGGUCCUGUGGACCCAGCCCAGCACCUGCCCACAGGGGAGGUACCGGGGAUAAACUGAUCCUGCUCAUUUGUGACACCCGUCUGUCCCAACAACUCUGCUGCCCUCCCCUUUUCCUUGUAUUUGGCCCAGCUGGUCACCUGGAACUCUCCCUGUACCACCUCUGGUGACCAGGGACCUUGCUAGGCCCAGUCCCACUCCUGGCCCCGCCCCUCCCCCUCCUCCCCGUUGAUAAGCACUCACCCCAGAGGAGAGACAGAAGUGCAGCUUGGAGCGCCCACCGUCUGAGCAGAGGAUAGAGAGCCUACCCGGGCUGCUUCUCCAGGGAGGAAACGGGUCUGGAGGGGUGAGGGGCUGGCUGGCGUCUCUGAGAAAGGUGGCGGGACGUGGGGUUAGAGCCCAAGCUUCCUGGGUCCUGUCUGGUCUUCCUUUCCGAGGGGCCUUUCCACGCCUGAGGAUCACUCUCUACUGGCAAGAUUCUUCCCUCCCCUCCCCCGCCAUGCACCCCAUCCUCAUCCCCCUCCCCAGGUCUGGUACUGAGGAUACAGCUCUUCUCAGUGUCUGAACAAUCUCCAAAAUUGAAAUGUAUAUUUUUGCUAGGAGCCCCAGCUUCCUGUGUUUUUAAUAUAAAUAGUGUAUACAGACUGAUGGAACUUUAAAU